AUGGCGCCGGCCUCCUCCUCGUUUGCCGGCGCCGCGUGCUUCGUCCUGCUCCUCGUCCUCGCCGGCGCCUCCGUUUCGCACGGCUCGUUUCUGGGCAGGCGCGUUUUGUCAGAUGAACAAGCCACCGGGAUAGUGGCCCUAUGGAGGAGAUCGCUCGCCGACGCUCCUCCUCCACCGAACAACUCCCUCGUUUUGGCCUCGCAAAGAACUCGCCGGAGCGACCCCUUCGCCAACCUCACCGCGUACACCGGCGGGUGGAACAUCAGCGACCAGCACUACUGGGGUUCCGUGGCGUACACCGCGAUUCCCCUCUUCGUCCUCGCCGUGGUGUGGUUCGUCGGCUUCGGCGCCGUGCUGCUCAUCAUCUCCUGCUGCUGCUGCUUCUGCGGGAGCAAGGACGGCGCCUACUCGCCGGGCUGCUACUUCACCUCCCUGGCGUUUCUCGUCAUCCUCACCAUAGCGACAAUCACCGGGUGUGUGAUCUUGCACUGUGGUAGCGAUCUCUUCCACCAUAGCUCGAUCAAGACCGUCGACUACGUCGUCGGGCAGGGCGACCUGACGGUGGACAACCUGAGGAACUUCGCCGGCAGCUUGGCGGCGGCGAAGAACAUCACCAUCGACCAAAUCUUCCUCCCAGCUGACGUCCAGCAAAAGAUCGACAUCGUCGAGGAGAAGCUCAACUCCUCGGCAAACGAGUUCUCCACUCGCUUGCUGGAGAACUCCAUCAAGAUCAAGAAAGUGGUGAACCACAUGGAGCACGAAUUGAUGGCUGCUGCCGCUGUAAUGGGUGGCCUUGCGGUAUUCGGAUUCCUGUUCUCCGUACUGGGGUUGCGGUUCCUUGUCUGCAUAUUGGUGAUCUUGGCAUGGUUCAAUCUCACCGUCAUCCUCAUGACGUCCGGCGUUUUCCUUCUCUUGCACAACGUGGUGGGGGACACGUGCGUGGCGAUGGACGACUGGGUGACCCACCCGCAGGCGCACACGGCGCUGGACGACAUCCUCCCGUGCGUGGACGUGGCGACGGCGAACCUGUCGCUGUACCGGAGCCAGGAGGUGACGGCGCAGCUGGUGGCGCUGGUGAACAACGUCGUCGUCAACAUCUCCAACCGGGAGUUCCCGGCGGGGCUCCUGCCGCUCAACUUCAACCAGUCAGGCCCCCUGAUGCCGGUGCUGUGCAACCCGUUCAACCCGGACAUGAGCCCGCGCGCGUGCGUGCCCGGCGAGGUCAACUUCAAGAGCGCGGCGCGGGAGUGGAAGCGGUUCGAGUGCCAGACGACGGGGCCGCCGGGAUCGGAGGUGUGCGUGACGCCGGGGCGCCUGACGCCGGCGGCGUACGGGCAGAUGACGGCGGCGACGAGCGUCAGCCAGGGGCUGUACGAGUACGGCCCGUUCCUGGUGCAGCUGCAGGACUGCUCCUUCGUGCGGGAGACGUUCCUGUCCAUCAGCGACAACAACUGCCCGGGGCUCGAGCGCUACAGCCGCCACGUCUACGUCGGCCUGAUCAUCAUCUCCGGCGGCGUCCUGCUGUCCGUCGUCCUCUGGAUGGUGCACACGCGGCAGCGGCGGCGGCGCGCCAUGGCCAAGCAGCUGUGA